CGUGAGACAAGAACAGGGAAGGAACAGGCGCUGGACAGCAACCAACACAGAACGAACGGCCCCCUUCCCAUUGAGACCUUUCGCACACGUUCUCAACCACCUAUCCUCGACUAGCACCUUUGACGGAGGCCUCCUUACUUUCUCCCACAGGUUCCGUAACUUACCAAAUUCACACACUCGUCUGAGGAUUUGAGUUAGCGAGCAGUACGCACAAUGGCUACCCGAAGUACGGCGGCCGACCCAAGGCCCCCGACGACCGACCCUGCCCCGCCGCCUAGGACGACACCACAACCUCCCCCGACCCCAAAGCCUUCGGAUGAUGACCCUAAGCCUAACCCCCCUCCAACACAGCCGCCGCAGCCGCCCCCGACCACACCGGCGCCGCAGCCACCGGCUCCCACGACAAUCACGGUUGCGGUAACUUCCACGAGACCUCGGUCUACUCCAGCCGGUCCGUCGGUGACUUCUGUGGGUUCAGUUUCAGUACCUGCCCCCACGGUGGUUGGAGGCGCCACACCCUCGUUGCCAGCGCAACCCACCCAAGCUAGCCGAUCCGUCGCGGUCGGCCCGACUCCAACAACAAACACGGCCGGAGCGAAUGGUGAUCCCAACGCCUCGAACAGCGGCAGCUCAGGCUUGCCUGUCGCCGCCAUAGUGGGUAUCGUCGUUGUGAUCGGUGCGUUGGUAGUGACGGCCGCCAUUUUCUUCUGCGUGCGGCGAAAGAGGGAUAAGCGGGUCAAGAACGGACAGACGCUUGAUUUUAGCCCGAGCGGUCACGGAUCUCUCUGGCGUAGUAACGUCAGCAAACCAUCAGCGGCUGCUCCCGUCGCUGCUGCCAGUGGUGCACCCAUGGUCGCUGCCGCCGCCGCCGCCGGUCUGACGGCCAGCCGACCCCAGGCAAGCACGCCAUUACCCGCGGGAGCGUACUAUCAAUCGACCUACGAUCCGAACUCCUACUACGCCCCGAACCAACAGUACCAGUACUACGACAUGCCCGUCGGCACGUCCGGCCCGGGUGCAGCUGCCGGGCAAUACGGAUACUACCCUGAACAGCAGGGCUACGAAGGAUACUACCCCGAACAGCAAGGCUACGAUGCCUAUUACGGCUACCCCAACCAAGCUUAUCCCGCCGGACAGGAAGCCUAUGGCGAAGCGCCCGCCGACCCGAACUCCGUCGACGACUCGUUCCCUGAGGGAACGACUAGCGCCAAGAUCCCUAGCAGCAGUGCCACCGCUUCUGAACACCGAUAGACCUGACGCGAUGAGGGCUGUGCCCACCCCUAGAAAGAGCGUCGCCUCACUCAGCCGGAUCUGAGAUGUCCCUUUUUUGCCCACGAUUCUACAACUACUUUCUACCCUCGGCGUUUCUUUUGCCACCAGACGGACCUCGGACUUUGGACUGUUGCACAUAGUUUAUGCAGAAUUCCUCUUGCUUUUGCACAUAGUUUGCACAGAGGGCUCUACCAAGGCUCUACCUGCUCCAUCUUCUGCUCCUCCCCGCGCGGCGUAUAUCUCAUCCCAACUCAAGUUGUAUAGUAGUACCAAACCCACGUAGCCGUAGCUCCCUGCUUUUGGGACAUUAUUCUUCCCCGUAUUCCUUUCGGGCAAGGACGCAUCGCCUGGGUUUUGCUUUUCUCUUUCGUGUGCU